UAUUUAUUUAUUUUUAACCAUCUUCGCUCUCUCUCUUUUUCUUCUAAACCCUCUUUCACGUUCAGCCACCCUCUUCGCCGGCAUUUCUCCUAUAACCAUCCCCUGCCCGACGCCCUCUCAGCCUUCCGGCGAAAUCGCCGCCACCCGUCAGUCACUUCGAGCAAUCGAGUUACUCAUCUCUAUUCUUUUUUUCCCCUCAGAAACUCAGUGGUCCAGCCCCUUACUCUCGCCGUUGGUGAGAUCGCGCCGCCGCCACCGCUCAUUUUUCAGAUCUCAAGAAUUAUAGAUGGCUUUGCGAGGUGUUUGGCAGCUUAAGAAGCUGGUUGUCAGCUAUUGUGAUUGGGGAGGAAGCAGCAGGGGUAUCAGGGCAUUUAUGGACUCCCAAUUGCCAGCGUUUAAGGAGAAAAAUCCUCAGCUAGAAGUAGUUACUGAGCUCAUUCGUGGCCAGCACCCACACUUGAAGGGCUUCUAUAAAAGCAAUAAUAAUCGGGUGGUAUGUGUGAAGAACAUGGAUCCGGAAGAAAUACAUUUAUGUGCAAUGAGACUAAGGAAUGCACUGGGACGCAAGGUGGUAAAACUGAGGACAAGACAUGUAACCAAAAAUCCUAGUGUGCAAGGAACCUGGAACACUGAUGUAAGGUUUUGAAGCUUGGAUGGAUAAUUCUUCCUAAGGAGCUUAAUUUCAUUUGGAGGUUGUUUUUUCCAUCAAUAAUAAGAUGUUGAAACCAAACUUCUUUAUAGAAAUAGCUUCAGUUUGUUGUUUGUAGUGAGUACUCUGUAACUUUUGAGGUUAUUGUUCCAGUGGUGUGAACACUCUCUCUGGAGAAUGGUUUUCCAUGAAACAUGAGCUCAUCUUGAGGAAUAUAUGAAACAGAACAGGAUUCUGAUUUGAUUUGUUGACUUCUAAUUCUAAACAUUAAAAGUUGCAACAAGAAUUGAAA